ACCAUAUCAGUAUUUUCAAAACGAGAAGACGAAGCUGAGACAUUAGCAGCAGCAACAAUGGGGCGCUCCAUACUCUCUCACUUUUUCGUCCUCUCAAACACCUAUCCGCGCUCCAUCUCCUCAUUUAGGCCGUGCGGUGUUCAUUUGAGCAAAUGCUUGAGUAGAACGGGUGCGGUGCAACAGCAGCGGCGUGUACGGCCUGGGGAGAACUUCCGGUGCCUUUGCAGCGUUGCAGUUUCUGAACCUUCGACUUCUGCGACUUCUUCUAGCUCCGUAAAGAAGAGAAUAGUCUCUGGUGUCCAGCCCACAGGAUCCAUACAUCUUGGCAACUAUCUUGGUGCCAUAAAGAAUUGGAUUGACUUGCAGAAUACAUACGAGACUCUCUUUUUCAUUGUGGACCUCCAUGCGAUAACUUUGCCAUAUGAGACACAACAAUUAUCAAAAGCAACAAAAGAUACUGCAGCUCUUUAUUUGGCAUGUGGUGUGGAUAGUUCCAAGGCCUCAGUCUUUGUGCAGUCUCAUGUUCGUGCUCAUGUAGAAUUGAUGUGGUUGCUGAGUUCUGCCACCCCAAUUGGAUGGCUCAAUAGAAUGAUUCAAUUUAAAGAGAAAUCGCGAAAGGCGGGGGAUGACAAUGUUGGGGUUGCUCUUCUGACCUAUCCUGUGCUUAUGGCUUCUGAUAUCCUUUUGUAUCAGUCUGAUCUUGUCCCUGUUGGUGAGGAUCAGAAGCAACACCUCGAGUUGACUCGAGAAUUAGCUGAACGUGUUAACUACCUAUAUGGAGGAAGGAAGUGGAAGAAGCUGGGAGGGCGAGGUGGUGCAAUUUUUAAGGUUCCUGAACCCCUUAUUCCACCAACUGGAGCUCGUGUGAUGUCUCUCACUGAUGGUCUUUCCAAGAUGUCCAAAUCAGCACCAUCUGAUCAAUCUCGAAUCAAUUUACUAGACCCGAAAGAUGUAAUUUCCAACAAAAUAAAACGUUGCAAGACUGAUUCAUUUCCGGGCUUGGAAUUUGACAAUCCAGAAAGACCUGAAUGUAACAACCUUCUAUCGAUAUACCAGCUCGUUACCAGCAAGACAAAACAGGAAGUUGUGGAAGAAUGCCAAGAUAUGAAUUGGGGAACCUUCAAAACUCUGCUUACUGAUGCUUUAGUUGAUCAUCUACAUCCAAUCCAGACUCGUUAUGCAGAGAUUAUGUCUGAUACCGCCUACUUGGACAAUAUCUUGGCCGAGGGUGCUAGUAAAGCCACAGCCAUAGCAGAUGCUACUCUCAGUAAUGUUUACCAAGCAAUGGGAUUUUUACGGAGAUGAGGAUCAUGAACGGUCUUGGGAAUGUCACUGAAAAGUUAAGUCAAGUAGCUGUAUUAAGACGCUGAAUACUCGGCAAUUCGAUGUCUGCACUUCUAAUUAUUUGGCUUCUGAUGAUUAAAUCAUCCUUGAUCAGAGAAAAGUAAUUUAUCAUGAGGCCACCUUUCAUAUAUCUCUUUAUUUGACCCCCUCCAAGUGGGUACAUUCUCCUCAAAUGGUUAUUUAUAGCCUAAAUUAUGUUUCCCGCUAUACGAGAAAGACUUAUAAUUGUUAGAUUCAUAAUCAAUAUCUAAUUUAAGAA